GCCUUGUCGUCUCCCAGCCCAGGCGAAAGAGUGAGCGCAUUGUGGGCACGCGAGAGGGGAGAGUCAGCUAGGGAGCGGCCAGAGCGCUCGUAUGUCUUUCCUUCUCUCCUCGCACCAUGUCGUUGCCUCCUCUUCUUCGUCCUCCCGUUCGCGCUUUUGCUUCUCGUCUCCGUCUUCUCCCUCACUUCUGCCGCCGUCGCUCGCUUUUCCGGUGAACAGAAGGAAAAGCUACCGUCUGAGGCUCGCGUGUGCCAAGGAUUCCGACACUGUCGCCUCCGGUGGCGAUUCUAAGCCCUCAAAUGGAAACCUGCCAAAGAGUCGGAGGGACAUUCUUUUGGAAUAUGUAAGAAAUGUUCAACCUGAGUUUAUGGAAUUAUUUAUGAAAAGGGCACCACAACAGGUUGUUGAUGCCAUGCGUCAAACUGUGACAAAUAUGAUAGGAACACUUCCGCCUCAGUUUUUUGCAGUAACUGUUACUACGGUAGCAGAAAACCUGGCACAACUUAUGUAUAGUGUUUUGAUGACUGGUUACAUGUUUAGGAAUGCACAAUACCGUUUGGAAUUGCAGCAAAGUGUAGAACAGAUUUCCCUUCCUGAUCCAGAAGAGAAAAAUAAGGAUUCAGAUCAUGCACCUGGUACACAGAAAAAGGUGACUGGAGAAGUUAUCAGAUGGAACAAUGUAACUGGUCCCGAAAAAAUAGAUGCUGUAAAAUACAUAGAAUAUCUUGAAGCAGAAAUAGAGGAAUUGAAUCGUCAAGUUGCAAAGAAGUCUUCAAAUGGACACAAUGAACUUAUGGAGUACUUACGAAACCUAGAACCUCAAAAUAUAAAGGAGCUGACAAGCAGUGCAGGAGAAGAUGUUGUUUUUGCUAUGAAUACCUUUAUAAAGCGCCUUCUGGCUGUUUCUGAUCCUGCACAAAUGAAGACCUCAGUGACAGAAACAAGCGCUCCCCAACUCGCUAAUCUGCUUUAUUGGCUGAUGGUUGUCGGGUACAGUAUUCGCAACAUUGAAGUUCGCUUCGACAUGGAAAGAGUCCUCGGCACUUCCCCAAAGCUUGCAGAGUUACCACCGGGGGAGGACAUAUGAAGCUGCUGUAAACUCAUGAAAGCCAACAGUGUGCACCUCCAAGGCCAAUCAUCCAAAACCAAGGUAAUAAUGUAUCGACCUAUCUUUCACACCGAUAGAACAUUCCAUGUAAGGAUGGGCCUUGGGGGAAAAAGAUACUAUUUAGAUACAAAUUUACAAAUGAGAUUGGAGGUACAACAAUUAAUAAUUUGAUCUUUUUUGUUCCUCUAUGGGAUAAUUUUUUUUUGUAGCAAUUUAAGUACAAAUGCUAAAAGAGUUGGCAUUCAGAAUAA